GGUAAAAUUUGUAAGGGAUAUAACUAAUAUUGAUACCGGUCAAGUUUCGUUGCAUGUAAACCAUAAAUCAACUGAAAUAUUAUUUUAACAAAGAAGAAAAUUUACUUCGUAAAAUCUCCUCACGGGAAAGAGAAAGCGGAGUGUAUGGAAAGUAACCCCAAAGAAUGGUUACCGUUAAAGAAAAACUAUUUCAAAACAGUUGGAGGAAAAUGGUUUCCUGGCUAUGUAAAGUUCGCGUUUUAAAAUUAUUUCUAUUUUUCGUUUUGGUCCUUGUGAUUUUUAUCAACUUAGGUCAGUUUCUGAGGCGUUAUAUGCCUCGAUCGGUAAACAACGUGAUAAAUAGCCCCCUUCUCAGGGAAGGCACUACUUAUAUCAAUGUUGGUCAUAUGAGUGUGGACCUCUUAACAUCCACGCUUACCUUUACUGAUCCUCUCUGGGUUCCUGACCCGGCAGCCGCGGCGGCAGACGCAGCGGAGAUGGCGGCCGAAGGAGAAGAAGACGAAAUUGGCGAUGGUAAUUAUUUAAAAGGAACAUUUCCGACUUCUGUCAAAGACCACGCUCACCAAGUUAAGGAGUGCGAUUCCUAUGACCCCGGAGAUAGCACAGCAUCAUUUUGUCGACAAUUUGGGACCCACGUUCAACUUCAAGUGACUGAAUCAAAGAAGGAAAACCAACUCAUCUGUUAUCACAUUAUUUGGAAGUCUUUAAACAUGGAGUUCAUUCCACAAAGUUGUUUCUACAUGGAUAAUGCUUAUUGGUAUGGAGGCCCGGAACUAAUGCAACCUAUGUAUCCUAUUGAGAAAGGAACUUUCUCAUGGACAUCAUUUGUACCAGGUUUCAACCCUAGUGACAGCCAAAGUAACCAGUCCAUGGGACCAGUUGUAGAACGCUACUGGAUUAAUUCUCAAGGAGCUGGUAUUGCAGUUGAUAACUCCAUAGCCCUUCAUACCAGUAUGAAUUACAAAUUUGAGAAUAAACUCUGUUUUAAGGCCGUCAUUAGUGAUCACAGUCUCCCUACUCUCAGCUAUACAGUGUGCAAAGCCAGCAAUGUACGAAAUGUACACGACUACAUGAGGAAAAGUAUAUUUGAAAAUCCUACUGCAUCUCCAGUUGAUUUAAUAGGCAAACCUCUUUGGACAACUGAAGAAUAUUUCGGGAGUUCAAUAGACCAACAAAAAUACUUAUGGUAUGCUGAUAAAAUUACUAAAACUGGUUUUUACAAUUCACAAAUCCAACUUGAUACGUAUUCUUCUGUGGUUGGUGAUACUACAGUCUCUUCAAUUAAGUUUCCAAACUCACAUCAAAUGUUUGGUCAAAUGAAAGAGUUGAAACUUUAUGUACGUCUCAAAGUGUGUAUGUGUGCUAGUCCUGAUGUAUCUUAUUUUGCUGAGGGAAAAGAGAAAGGAUUCUGGCUAGUAGACAAGAAAAGCAAAGCAAUAGCAAUGAGUUCAUCAAAAGAUGGAAUGGUAGCAUUGGUGGAUUUCACAAAUCCUGAUGCUGUGAAAUGGUACCAAGACAAAAUAUCUCUCUUUGGAAAAGAUUAUGGUAUACAGGCUUUUACAUUUGAUUUUAAUGAGAUUCACAAUUUGCCACUUACGGUCUCAUUCAAAAGUAUUUUUAAAACUCCUGCUGAUUACUUGACAAAAAGCUCUGAAGUUGUUUCUUUCAUUGAUCAAAAUGCUAUAAUCAAAUUUGGCUUCCAGUCUCAACAUUUUCCAAUAUUCAUUGAAGCAGUUCCAAAAAACAUGACCUGGGAUUAUAACAGUGGCUUAAAAAAUGUCAUUCCAAACAUGCUAACUUUAGGAAUUCUUGGUUUUCCAUUCAUUGUACCAAGUGCUAUUGGGGGUACAAACUAUACUGGGACACUGCCUGCAAGCAAAGAACUGUUUAUUCGUUGGGCACAGAUGGUCAGUUAUUUUCCUAUUAUGCACUUCUCUGUCCCGCCGUGGCACUAUGAUGAAGAAACUGUGCAUAUUACACAAAACCUAGUCAAGCACCAUCAACAGAACAUUGCUCCUUUAAUAAAGCAUUUAAUGAAAGAAGCAGAAGUUACAGGAGCUCCGAUAAUACGACCUGUUUGGUGGAUAGCACCAGAAGAUCCUGUUGCACUGAAAAUCGACUGUGAAUUUCUUGUAGGGAACAAUCUGUUGGUGGCACCGGUACUUGAUUCUGGCAGUACAUCCAGAGAUAUCUACCUCCCUCAUGGCAGCUGGAAGGACAAUCUCAAUAACAGGGAAAUUAAAGGGGCUAAACUGUAUAAAGAUUUCAAAGUUGAACUUCACCAAAUUGCUACAUUUUCAAAAAUGAAGUCUUUCUAGUUUUUU